AUGCAUGAUAUUUGUAAUUACGACACAUACUUCAUUCAAAAGCAUGAUGCUGUUGGAGCUUUGGGUCUUAUCCCGGAGCAAAAACUUACAGCUGCUUUGCGGAUGCUUGCUUAUGGGGCAUCUGCAGAGCAGGUGAAUGAGAUUGCAAGGAUGGGAAAAUCUACUGUCCUAGAGUGCUUGGUGAGAUUCUGUGAUGCAGUGGAAAAUUUGUACACGAGGGAGUACCUUCGCAAACCCACGCCAAGAGACCUGCAACGGCUUCUACAAAAAGGCGAGGCUCGAGGUUUCCCAGGAAUGAUUGGAAGCAUCGAUUGCAUGCACUGGCAGUGGAAGAACUGUCCUACUGCUUGGCAAGGGGAGUACGGGAAUCGGAAGGGCCAAAAAAGUAUAAUUUUGGAGGCCGUAGCUUCAUUCGAUUGUUGGGUUUGGCAUGCCUUCUUCGGGGUUGCCGGAUCUCAGAAUGACCUCAAUGUCCUUGGUCAAUCCCCAGUGUUCGACGAGGUAUUGCGAGGUCAUUCCCCCCAUGUCACGUACCAAAUCAACAAUACCGUUUACUCUGGUGCGUACUACCUUGCCAACGGAAUUUAUCCUAGGUGGACGACAUUCGUGAAAACAAUUCUGAAUCCCCAAUCCGAGAAGGAAAGAAACUUUGCUUCCUUUCAAGAAGGUUACAGGAAAGACGUGGAGAGGUGUUUCGGUAUCUUGCAAGCUCGUUGGGCAAUUAUUAGAGGUGUUGCUCGGAUGCUAGAUGAGGAGGUGCUGCGGAGUAUUAUGAUGACUUGCAUCAUCCUCCACAACAUGAUUGUGGAGGAUGAGUAUGACUAUGAUGCUCAAGAGGUGUUUGAACCCGAUCCAAUGAACACAUCGUUGACAAGAAUAUAUGAAAGGCCGAUUGGACCAAAUGGACUACAACUGGAGCCCGAACCCUUACUUCGGGAUGGUCAAUUCAACAACCCCAUGAUUGAUCGGUAUCAAGAAAUGCAAUCUUCAUAUGUUCACGAGAUACGUCAAGGUGACUUGGUCGAGCACUUGUGGGAGAUGAAAGGCAAUCACAAUGGAUGA